CAGCCACUUUCACAGGGGGCAGGCCUAAGAGAGGAAGCAGGGAGAAGUCAAAUGUUUGGAAUACGUAAAAUAUCAUCUGGUGAUGGCAGAAAACAAAGACACACUCACUGCUACCUCAUCCCACCCCUGCUUCACUCAGAAGGCUUGAUGGGACAGUGGUGCUCCUGUAGAUGAUGUGCUCGCUUCACGCAUGAACACGUCCACUUCCUUGGACAAAAAGCGAUCUGGCUUGCAAACGCGCCACCAUAAUAGCAAUCUGCCAUAGAUCAUGCGCUGCUUUCUUUUAUCGUUGAGAACUACAGGUCGUGGUGGAGGUGUCAUGACCUGCGCGUCCAGUCCUUGUGUGUGCCAUGCCCCUGAUCAUCCAUGUGGGCUCCCCUGAUUGUGCCCAGCUGUUUUCUAUCAUUCUGUGUAUUUAGUCCGCAUUUGAGUCUGUAUUCCCCAGAUCUGUCAUUGAUGUUGUAUACUGUGUUCCCUCGUCUGCCCUUAAAUAAACCCUCAUAUCCUGAAUCCUCGCCUGCCUGCUUUGUCCUUCCCGCUUCCUGCCUGCCCAUCAACCACCAGUCACAACAGAAUGACAGAUUUCUGCAAAGAAGACUCUCUUCCACGAGCUGAGCAGCAAUGCGUCAGCUUACUUCAGGAGGUCAUUUAUUGGCUGAACCACCCCGAGGUCCGUGAAGACCCGAGGCGCUAGAGCUGGCCAGGCGAAGUGGGACCCUCCUGGGAAUCCCCGAUCACCCCAGGUGUUGCCACCUUCUGGGGAACGCGCUUGGCUUGUUGGCGCAGAGCCGUAUGGGACGCUAUCCCACGGAUCCCCAGGGCUCUUAAAGGGGCAGUGCCCGCAAUUAUGGCGCUGACCCUAGCGGCUCUGAGGGAUGUCCUGCCCGUGCCAGAUCUGCCUGUCCUGCCGACGUCUGACAUGCCUGUCCUGCCCAUCCUGCCCGAUCCUGAGCUGCCCAGCAAGGCUCCGGCUGCUGCGGUGCCCCCUGCUGGUCCUGAGUUGGCGGUUCCUGCAGCGCCCCCUGCUGGUCCUGAGUCGGCGGUUCCUGCGGCUGCUGCACCACCCGAGCUCCCUGCCGUGGCUGCAGCACUGCCUGCUGCUCCGGCCAAGGUCCCGGUGCCGCCCACGCCUGCUUCUCCGCCCAAGGUCCCGGUGCCACCUCCACCUCUGCCGGUCCCUGCUCCGCCCAAGGCCCCUCUGCCUCCGCCUGUCCCUGCUCCGCCCAAGGUCCCUCUGCCUCCGCCUCCUGCUCUGCCUGCGCCUGAAGUCCCUGCUCCCAUGACCCUAGUCCCUGGCCCCGAGGACGUCCCAGACUGCCCAACCACUACUCCUUUCCAAUUGGGGGUGGAGGAGCUUUCAUGGGACCCCUUGGGAUUUUUCUAAUGACCCCACUGGACCCCUCUAGGGUACUGACCCCUCCACCUUCGCCCCAGCGUGGUGGAUCUUGUCGGUGUCCCAAAAGGGGAGUGGACACCAUCACAGGGGUCAGGUCCUGUCCACCCUGCCCCCUGGCUCGCCCUUGCUUGCCUUGGCUGGGGCUCAGGGGGCACCUGCAGGUCCUGUGGCUCCGGUUUGGCGGUCGCCUGCGGGUCCCCCUUCGACGCCUUGUUGCCCGUUCUUGGUCCCGCCUCCGACGCAUCGUCGGUCACCUGCGGGUGUCCCCGCUUCGGCUCCUCAGUCGCCUGCAAGUCCCCCCACUCCGGCGCGUCAGUGGACGCCAUCUUCGCCUGCUGUGGAUAUGCCAUCGCCUGCUCUGGCUUCCCAUCCCUCCUCGCAUCCCCUUGUGCCCCCUCAGACUCCCUCCUCAACUCCUCCACCUGUCUCCUCGGCUCCUUCGGGGUCCCCUCCUGAUCCGACCUCCCUGUCGCCUGUGGCUCCUCCAGCUGCCAUCCGUCGCCCGCUGUGGCUCCCUCGGACUCCCCUUUACCCCCCGACCUUUCCCUUUAUGCCUCCCGUGUUCACUCCUGGUCCUUUUGUUCCUCCAUUUUCUGUUCCCUCUGUGUCUCCUUUCCAGCUCUGCCUGUCUGCGUUCCCUGUUUUGUGUCGGGUCCUGUCCUACUUCCUGUCCCUGUGUUUGUUAUGUGUGUCAGUUCUCUUCCCAGUCCCUCGUUGAUGUUUUUUGCUCUUGU